AUGAAUAUUUUUCACUACAUGUUCAUUUUAUUAUUUCCAAGUAUUUUUUCAUAUCCAUACCGUUAUUCAAAUGAUCUUAAUCAGUUUUUAAAUAUGUAUGUGAAACGACAAGAAAGAAAUCUGGAUGAAACUAACAAAAAAUUUGGUUCUCCUCGACAAUAUAUGCUUCAUCCUUUGCCCUCAUAUUAUGAAGAAAAACCAUUACAAAAACCAUUAUGUCUUCCACACAUAUGGUCGUGUGGUCCUCAUUUACCUCCAUGUUGUCCUGGUCUUAUGUGUUAUGAUGGUAAUGCAAAACGUGGUCGAUAUUGUGUUGCUAAAGGAUAA